AUGGAACCUGAGAACCAGUUGGUUAAAGAAACCUUGGAGAGGGAAAGAAGAGAAAGAGAACAGAGCAUGGCAAGGGAGGAAAGAGCAUGGAGAAGAGAGAAAGAGAGUAUGCAAGCAAGGAUAGAACAAUAUGAGAAAGAAAGAAUGGACAAUAGGAGGGAAGAACCUAAUUGGGAAGAACAAAAUGGAGAUUAUGGAGAAGAGAAACUAGAAAGACCAGAGCGUAGGAGGGUUGAAGAUGAAGUGGACCCUGAGGAGAGGAGGUUGGUUAGAGUUUUGAAGGCAGUACAAAAUAAUGUAGGGAAAGGACAUGUGGAUAUACCUAUCUAUCAAGGAAAGAUGGAUAGUGAGGAAGUGUUGGGUUGGCUUGAUGCCUUGGAGAACUACUUUGAGUAUGAAGAGAUGGAGGAUGAUAAGAGGGUAAGCUUUGCAAAAACAAAACUCAGAAGUAUUGCAAUCAAUGUUGAAGUAAAUUAUAAAGAAGAAGAAGGUAAAGAAGAUGAACCAGAAAGGUUUAAGGAUGAAGAUCUUCUGAAAGGUGCUAAAAUAUCUAAUUUUGAGCCUGAUGAAAUUAUGAUGAGUGAUCAACUGGUAGAUGAUCAAUUGGUGAACACACAAACUGAACCUAUGAUUAUCCCUGAUAAUGAUGAUAUCAAUAAUAAUGAUGAUGUUGAUGCUAAUGACAAUGUAGAUGUACAAGAUGUUGAUGUUCAAAUGUCUGAACAACAUGAACAAGAAUAG